AGCGUCGCCUCAGGGGGCUCCUCAGGAGGCGCGAGACCCCCCGCCGCGCCAACGGCCGCCGCCAACGGCCGCCGCGAGCCGCCGCCAACGGCUCAGAUGAAGUGGAUCCAGGCGGUGCUGUCGGGGUCCCCCGGGAGGCAGGCGGCGGCGGCGCGGGGCCGGCUCCGCAGCCGGUAGUUCGCCCCCUCGUUGUUGUCCCAGUACUCGGCGCCGGCGACGCGGUAGCGCACGGCGAACUCGAGCGAGGCCUCGGCGGCGGCGGCGGCGCCCAGCGGCAGGUGGAAGGAGAAGCGGUCGGUGAGGCCGUCCGCCGGCCCCGAGGGCUGGUUGAGGACGCGCACGGCGCCGCGCAGCCCCGCCGGCUCGGCGCGCACCCACUCCAGCCUCACCUUGUGCUGCCGCACCCGCUCCGCGAAGCCGGGGCUGGCGCCGGGCUGCGGCGGGAAGAGCGGCUCCAGCGUCGGCGUCGGCGGCCCGAACAGCACCGGCUCCAGGUCGCCCAGCGCCGGCGGCUUCCUGGUCUUGAGGAGGUCGGCGGGGCGCGGCGGCGGCGCGGGCGGCGGCACCCGCGGCAGGUCGGCCUCGCAGAAGUGGCGCACCGAGGUGCAAGGUUGGGGUAAAACUGCUCCAUUUGCCUGCUUUCAGCUGCAAAAACAAGCCAAGAAAUCAAAGGCAAAUGAAACCAUCAACAACUGCCUGUUUUGCUCAGACAUGUUGCAAUCUAUUGACAACAGCUUAAGCCAAGAAGUCAAGACUAGAAGAAAUCAGUCAAAAUAUGAUGGCAAGUUAAGUGUAGAUGCAAUAGUUGAAUCAACUUCAGAAAAGGAAGAGAUUUCAACCUGUUCUAGUAAGUCUAACUGUUAUCCUACAGCAGACGGCAUUAAAACAGAAAUAUAUCACAGCAAGUUACACUCUACUCAAACAUCCCAAGGUGAAAAGAAGAGCGUGCCAAUAAAGGAAUACUGUAUGUGGAACCCAGAAGAUGUGAAAAAUCCAGAAGCUUUGAGGUGUAAAGAGAUGAAACCCCAGGGGCUUAAUAUGCUCAAUCCAAAUGGCUCUGGAUCUUUGACUUCAAAGUCUUUACUACUAUUUCCACCUGUGAAAGAUGCCACUCCCAAUGGUACUUCAGACACUGCUUGGAAGAAUAAGACCAUUAUCUCUCAGAAAAUGCUCAAUGGUACUUCAGUUGAGAUUGCUUCCUAUAAUCAGGAUGCUAAAGCUGCAGAACAGAAGGGUAAAAAAGGAACUGAUGUCAUCAAUGAUCAAGCAAAGAAAAAAAUAGAACUUCACAAACCAUCAUUAUUUGUGCCAAGCCACACGGAAGUCUCAAUCCUGCAAGAAGAUCCUGAGCAGUCACACUGGCAUUGUGCUCUUGCAGCAAACAAAAAUAUUGCAACCAUUUCUAAUCAUACGGCUUUGGAAAAGAACGCUCAUCCUGCCUGUAAGCAGCUUCCACAUACAGAAGGAAUACAACACACAAAACAUUAUGAUAUCCAAAGCUCUUUAACCAACAAUGUCAGGAACAGAUAUGUUGGGGUCAAGCAAGAGAAAGAAGAAAAAAUACAGGAGGUCCCACCACUUUCUGGACUAUUACCUUCCUUAAUGGCCAGCCAUGUUGCGAGAACUACACUGCCAUCUAGACUGACCUAACAUUUUUAUGUUGUAGUUUCGUGCCUUUUGUUUGCUUGCUUGCUGUACAGUGAAGGAAAAAAAAAAAAAAAAGAUUUCCUCGUGAGCAAUCUGGAGAUAUGUAGCUUCUGUAGAUGCUAUUAAUAGCAUUAUAAGCUGCUGAAUGCCAAUUACUUUCAUGUAGGUUUAGUUUCUUCUUGGUCAUUAGAUAGCCCAUUAGAGCCUUAAAUAGAUUAUUCUGGGGAUGAACUGCAACCUCUUCGUUCAGUUGCAGUCUGAAUAACUAGUGUAGUCUAGCAUGGUAUUUAGGUAUUUGAUCCCACUAAGCACUGGAGCAAUGCCUAACUUUAAGAACAUUCUUAAAUCCAUGCCUACUCAACAAGGUAUUUAAGAAUAUUCUUACCUUAAGCAGUGUCUAAAUCCUAUUGAACUUCACAUGCUUUUGCAUACGUUCUUUGCUAUUUUUGUACCUGAAAGAGAAAUAACCUGGAAAGCAAACAGUAGUGGGACUGGAAGUUAUUUACAAUUAUUUGUUCUCACUAGUUUUAAAUAGACUUAUUUUCUAAUCCUGGUAAUGUUUUAUUUGGUUGUUUCUGCUUAAUAGGCAUGUAGACCUUGUUUCAUCUCAUAGCAAAUAGUGGGAUUUCUAGAUCAAAUUCUGUUUUGUUUUUGUGUUAAACAUAACAGCUAUUAUUUGAUCUACAAAUCAAAGUAAAGUAACAGUCUUUCCAUACACAGACAGAUGCAACUGCAACUUACCCUUUCCCUCUUCUGAUGCCCUGAUGGAAAUUUGGAAGUAAUAGGGAAAGAUAAUACCAGUCCAAGACUCCCAAUAGCGUAACGUUUUUACUUUAAACCAGAGCUUUAGAUUCAGGAAUUCAUUGUCUUUUCAGAUUUAAUUCUUUAUUAAUAAAUACAUGCAUAAAAGUAAAGUUUUCAGCAUUUUUCUGGCAUCAAUUUAUUAACCAUUUAUUCAUCUUCAGGUAUCUGUAUGUCAGAGUUAAAGAACAAUCACCUUCUGGAGGCAUAGUGUAAGUUUUUUUUAAAAAGUUGUUAUUUCGAAUGGCUGAUUAUAUAUUUAUUCCUUUAAAAAAAAGAGAAGGAUGAUAGGGCUUCAUCUCUUCUCCCACUACUGGAGUGCAGUGACCUCUAGAGAAGCAUGUAGGAGCUGUGUAAAAGUGUUAAAUAAUGGUUCCAGUAGUUUGCAUUGUGUCUUAAUACAAAUUUUACUGAAAAUUGCUUAGGAUAUCUGGAAGUCUUCUGGAAUACUUAAGUUAUGUUGCAAGUCUUCUCUGCACAUACUGUGGCAUAUCAGCUUGAGGAGCAGAAUCUUGCACUGGAGGUUAGACCAGGGCUACCAUUUUUCUGGUGGUAAAUUCUAUUUUUCUAGAUACAGUAUCUCUGUAUUGGAGAGAAGAGUGCCACUUACUGCCCAGCUAACAAAAUAAACACCGAUGACAGAAAAAGCUCACAAGUGCUCCUAAAACUAUCGUCUUUCAUCUGUAUUUCUUUGCUUUUCUUGAAGAACAAAAGUUGAGUGUUUCAGUGUGAAAUUAGAUUUUUUUUGUAUCUGUCCGUUACUCUGUUCCAAGUCAAGAGAGAGAAUGCACAAUUCUAAAUUCCAAACUUUGUCCAAACAUAUAAUGAGAUUAUCCCACAAAAGGGAAACAGAACAUCACUUGAUUCACACCUUGACAGUGUAGUGGAACAUUGUUCCUCAAUGCUCUUUGUCAGUGAUUUGUUUUUUCCCAGUGUUUUUAUCCAGCUAGUAGCAACACCCUUUUCCGCAGUGACAUCCUCUAAUAUGCAAUCUUCUUCCCUUCUUUAUUCCUUUCCUUCUACCUCACUCUUCCCCCUGUCCUUGUCCACCCUGUGCUUUGGAUAUAAGAUACAUACUCCACAAGAGAAGGAUCCUUCACAAAUAGCCCCAGAAUAAGUAUCCAGGUGCGUAUGUACUUAUUUCCAGUCUCCAGUCCACUAGGUAGAAAAUUUAGAUGUAGAUGUGCCCAUGAGAUCGGCAACAAUUUCUAUAGCCUGGAAGGAGGAAAGGUGGUGUCUUCCAUUCAAACAACUGAAAAUAUUGCUGCUUCAGUGUGAAAACUGAAAAUGAACUGCUUUAUCACCUAAAAGCAAGCAAAGCCAAACACGUUCAUUAUAGUUACAAGUUGCAGCCAUUGCAGACAGACAGUACUUCUUUAAGACAACAGGAAAAAAAAUCGGAAUUCACAGGGAAAACCAUAAACUUUAUUUCCAUCUUUUUCAGUGUUUUAUACCAGAUAAAUCUUUUUCCUACAUUUUUUUUUAAUUUGUCAAAUCUGUUUUGAUUAGAAGGAAG